GUUGGCGAGCUUGCUAUUUUCUCUGUUUAUAUGUCGUGCCUUGUCGAGAGUCGAAAGAAGUGUGAGAACCGGCUUAAAAAAUCCAUAAUUUUCUUCACACAGGAUAUAUUAAUGAGGACGAGGACUCUAAAAUUUAAUACUGAUUUUCCUGGAAUGCUCGACUCUUUUUCGUCAUGGUCAAUGUUAUGAAAGGAUCUUUCAUCACUUGCGACCCUGCUAUGAAACAAUUCCUUUUGCAUCUGGACGAAACUCUUGCCCUUGGAAAGAAAUUCAUCAUUCAGGACUUGGACGAAACUCACCUGUUUGUAUCAAGCGAGAUCGUUGAAAUUCUUCGCAGCCGUGUUGACGAUUUGAUGGACCAAAUCAGUUACACUGAGAAGGCUAUGUAA